UAAUCGCGAUUAUUGUGUGAUGGAUAUGUAGUGUACUUACAUUCGUCUACCAUGUAACUCAUUUGUUAACUUUUUGGAUAUUUAACUGUUGUGUGGCUUUUUAAGGCAAAAUUACAACACAAUAACUAAACAACAGAGAGUGAAAGUUCAAAAUUUUCUAUUCUUCAAAAAGCCUUCCCAACUUAAGGUACACACAUCUACCAAGAUUUUUCAAAUUACAUCAAACAUUAAUAAAAACAAAGACCAUGACAGGGAUAAUUGAGCCUCGUGAUAUACUGGAAACCAUAUCGAGCCCAUUAAAACAUUAUAAAAAUCAAUCUUCAAGUCCAUUAAUAAUAGCACCCUCCAACUCGUUAAACACUGACGAGGUGGACAACUCAGAUUACCAUUUUGAAGCCGUGAGGCUGCAGAGUUUUGAAAAUUGGCCAUUGAGUUACAUGGACCCAGCGAAGCUUGCAGCAGCUGGUUUCUAUUAUACUGGCAAGAGUGAUAAGGUGAGAUGUUUCGAAUGUCAAGUUGAGAUACGCCAGUGGUUGGAAGGCGAUGAUCCAAUGGUGGACCAUCAGCGGUGGUCAGGAAGAUGUAGAUUCAUUAGAAAAAUACCUUGUGGUAAUGUACCAAUCGGAGUGGAUCCAGAUACAGUAACUGCGCCGAGUCCGCGAAGUCGUGAUGUUUGUGGUCCUUACGGAGUUGAAUAUCGACCAGGAUCUGGACCAGAUUGUACCUCGAUGACAUCUGCAAGCUUUCAACUGCCAAGCUCAGCCAAACUCGGAUGUUUUGGAAUUAGCCGACCUAGAGGACCUGUGCAUCCAGAGUACGCUAGUUAUGAUGCGAGACUGCGAACUUUUGAUUCUUGGCCAAAGUCAAUGGCACAGACUAAAGAACAAUUGACAGAUGCUGGGUUUUAUUACACCGGAAAGGGCGAUCAAACACUUUGCUACCAUUGUGGGGGAGGUUUAAAAGAUUGGGAACCUGAAGAUGAUCCAUGGGAACAACAUGCAAAAUGGUUCUCCAAAUGCUUUUACCUUUCUUUGGUGAAAGGACAAGAAUAUAUCAAUGAAGUCACGGGUCAAUACACAACACCACCGUCUAAAGAGGAGACUAUGCAAAUGAAUUUACCGAGCUGUAUUAAGAAAGUGGAUCAAUCGAAAACAGAAGAAGAGAAGGAUUUGAUUGAAAGUAGUCCAGGGCCAAGUAAACAUCAAUCUAAUCGUCCCGAAGAAGAGUGUCAAAAAUCUGUAAAAAGUAAUCAAGAGGUCUUACGCGUAGAUGAUGCGAGGAUGUGUAAAAUUUGUUACAAUGAAGAACUAGGCGUAGUAUUUCUGCCCUGUGGCCACAUGGUGGCUUGUGUAAAAUGUGCUCCGGGUAUGACAACAUGUGCUGUAUGUCGAGAACCUGUUACAAUGACUGUUCGGGCUUUCUUUUCUUAGUACUAUAUUUCAUCAAAUAAUUUCCAACUAACUUCUUCUAAAAGAGGACUUUAAGCUGCUGGUAUAUAAUUGUUUAGAAACAAAAACAAUAUUAUGACAUGACUCAUUCCAAAUACCAUAAGUGUUCCUUUCUGUAGGGAAUAUACAUUUCGUCGGAAUUGUGUACUUUAUGUGCAAUGAAUGUCGUUUUCAUUAUGCUUCAACUGAGGCACGACGCGACGUACGUUUGCAUACUGCGUAGUAGGAGUCUAAAGCGACAGUGGAGGAGCAAGUGUUUCAUUCGGACCAUCGCAGCCUUACCCGUUCACAAAGCGUGUACAGAAGUCUCACUUCAAUUAUUCCUAAAUCAUUGUCAAAAAAAAAACAUGCUCAUUUUUCUUCUUACUCUUUAAUCAAUGUCUUUAACUCUAGGUUUUUCUUAUUCGAUUUAUAUGAUUUAAGCUAAUAUUUGAAUUGCUUUUUAUGUCAUUUUGUUUGGACUUAAUCGUUAAACAGGGGCAACAUUUUACGUCGCAAUAAUGUUUUAUAUUUUAAUUUUUAGACUCUUUUAUUCUUACUUGACCAUUCAACAAGUAUAAAGAAAUAAGAAAUUUCGAUUUCUUUGAUAUCUUUGAAAAUUGUAAAAAGAAAAUAGUAAAACUGCAAUUCUCAUAUUUGCCAGAUUAUAAAUAUCGAAUAAUCUCUUACCAUUUCGUUUGU